UUAAAUUUGAAAAUUGAAAGCUUUUUUUAUCCGAAAUUUAAUCUUUUUAAUUUGUUGUAAUCGUGUCUUGGUAAUUUUGUUUUCUAGUCUUUUAAUUGGUUUUUUCUGAAUUUUGAUGUCUGCUGCAGUUUCCCUCUACCAAACAUGCUCGAUGCCCACAUGAGAUAUGGUGGAAAGGGUACAUUAUUAGUAAUUAAGGUUUCCGCUGAAUCGGCCAACCUGUUUGGUGAGUUGGUUGCUGAUCCAGAUACAAAAGAGCUGUUGCAUUACACCGAAAAGCCUGAGACAUUUGGUAUGCUUGCUAAUCGUGAAGACAAAGGAUCUCUACGUCGUUUGUCCAGUUAUGAGUCAUUCAAUUCCGCGACAAGGUAUGAGCUACCAUGCCUAUAA